AUGUGGUGGUUUCAGCAGGGCCUCUGUUUCCUGCCGUCAGUCCUGGUCAUUUGGACGUCCGCUACCUUCGCCUUCUCAUACAUCACCGCAACAACUCUCCGCCAUGUUGAUCCUGCGCUGCCGUUCAUCAGUGACACUGGGACAGUACCUCCAGAAAGUUGCCUCUUCGGAGUUAUGCUAAAUAUUGCUGCAGUUUUAGGCAUGGCUACCAUAUAUGUCCGUUACAAGCAAGUUCAAGCACUAAAUCCUGAGGAGACCCUUAUCAUCAAAGUAAACAAGGCUGGCCUUGCGCUUGGGAUUCUGAGUUGUUUAGGACUUUGCCUUGUGGCGAAUUUCCAGAAGUCAACACUAUUUGUUGUACAUGAAUGUGGAGGUGUCCUUGCCUUUAGUAUGGGCUCACUAUACACGCUUGUUCAGACCGUCCUUUCCUACCUAAUGCAGCCCAAAAUUCACAGCAAACAGGUCUUCUGGGUCCGACUACUGUUGACUAUCUGGUGUGGAGUCAGUGCACUUACCAUGCUGAUUUCCUCAUCAAUUUUUUAUAGUAGUGGUCUUAGUUUUGAUGAAGUACAGAAACUACACUGGAAACCUGGGGACAAAUGUUAUGUGGUUCACUUGAUCAGUACGUCAGCAGAGUGGUCUUUGUCGUUUUCCUUCUUUGGAUUUUUCCUGAGUUACAUUCGUGAUUUUCAGAAAAUAACUUUACGAGUGGAAGCCAAUUUACAAGGAUUAACCCUCUAUGACUCUGCUCCUUGCCCUGUUACCAAUGAAAGAACACCAUUGCUUUCCAGAGAUUUUCAAUGAAGGGAUAAAGUAUUUCUUCCAUGAGUGUGAUUCUCAGGGACUGAGGAAAGAUGAACAAAAGUUGCUUAUUAUACUCAGAAAUUUUGAAUCCAUACAUCAAGGCUGACAAUGGCGUGAAUGAAGGAUGAUAG